CAAGAUCCUGAAGAAUUAUGUAUUAGCGAGUUGUGUCCUAUACUUGCAGAAGAUUUAGAUACUAUAUCUGACAUUUCUUCAGUAAUAACACAAGAUACACCUCAGCACUCAAAGAAAGAAUAUAUAGAUUUACUACCUAUUCCUAAAAAAAUGUCAAUUUAUAAUUCAACAUUUGUGGAUUUGUCAAAUGCAAAACUUACAGUAUUUCCAAAUAAUAUAAUGCAACAUUUUUCAAGGAUACGGAUGCUUUACUUAGAAAAUAAUGCCCUAUCAGAAAUUCCUGAAGAGAUCUUUCCUUCUUUACAAAAUCUUGAAUGGCUAGAUGUACGGAAUAAUCAAUUGAAAACUUUGCCAAAAAGUAUAAAAUCUCAUUCAUCUUUACAUACACUUUUAUUACAAGGAAACAAAAUUCAGGUUUUACCAUUAGAACUAUGCAUGGUACCAAAAUUAAAAAAUUUACAAGUAGCGCGUAAUCCUCUUACUAUGCCACCGGCAAAUAUUGUAGCACUUGGAUGUUCUAAUAUAUUAAGUUUCUUAAAAAGUGAAUGGAAUAGAUUACACCCAGAUGAAGUUGGAAUAAUACCUGUGAAGGAAGCAAAGCCUAAAUCGUUAACAGUUCUUAAUAAUGAGACAAUUAAUAAAAAAAAAUCGGACAUUUUAAAAGUUGUUAAUUGCUAUAGUUGCAGUGAUAUAUCAAAUAAAUUUAAUAAGAUGUCUAUGACAGAGAAAAGAAAAGCUUAUAAACCAAGUAACAGAUGUAAGAGUAAAGGAACAAAUCUUGUCAAACAAAAUCAACUUUCAUGGAUUGAUGAAAUUACAGAUAUGUUGAAUAAAGAAGCUUAUGUACUUCAAAAAAUGAAAAAUAAAGUAGCUCUACAAGAAUGGAGAGAUGAUAAAAGCAGUUUCUCUAAAAGUAUGGAAAAAGCUACAAAAAGAAGAGAAGAUGACAUUCCAUUUGCUAUCGAUAACGUUGACGACUUAUAUAUAUCUAAAGCAGAAGACAAAUUGAAUGAUAAAACGAAUUUGCAAAGAAGAAACAAAGCAAUAUUUGUAUCGCCUACUAACAUAAAUAAAAAGAUUAUAGAAUUAUUGGACUCAUUAGCUACAAUAAAUACAGAUGGAAUUACAAGCAUGACACCAACUUCCAAACAAAAGUCUUUAAAUGAUACAAUUAAAAAGAUUUGUUUUUUACAAAAAGAAAUACAUCAUCUUCAGCGACACAAUAUUACCACAAUGCCUUAAAUCUAUAUUCGGAAGUAUAAAUCUAAAUGUGAAUUUUAUGCGAAAUUGCUUGUAUGUGUAUUCAUAUUUUAUAAUUUAUAUUUAAUUAAUGCACUAUGAUUGUAGAUCUAUAUGUCAAAUAAUCUGUUAUAUAAUAUAAAAUAUUAAUCAUGAGUAAUGACAAUAACAUAUAUAUAU